AUGUUUCUGAUCACCGGAAAAAGUCUUAAAAUAUAUUUAUCGAUUUUUUAUGGGGCUUUAAUAAUUUAUUUGCUUAAAGGGAAACGUGAGUGAAGAUUAUUUAGAAAAAAAUAAGAGAAAAAUUAUUUUUGUAGUUUUGUGUGCCGCUUACAGUAUGAUAGACCCAAAAUGUGAAAUCGAUGAAUAUCUACCAUUCAUGAUCCAAAUAAUUUUGCAAUUUUUCAUAUCUAAUGCGUCUUUGGUGAUCUACUUACACAUUUAUAAACUUAUCAUAACUUUGACUGAUAGGAAAGAUGAAAUAUUCUAUAUUUAUCAAUUUAUGCCACUCGCAAUACAUCAAAUGAUUCUUUCGAGUUUUCAAAUGGUUACCAUGUUUUUAAGUUUUUACGAUAUCGAAAGUUCUAUUAAUUUGGAAAGAUUUAUCAUAAUUUUCUAUGAUAUUUCCAAUCAUUUGCUUCCAAUUGUUAUUUCCAUGUCUUACAUAGCUUCACGUGAAAAUUUACGAUACUUGAUUGUUGGAGUCGUAGUUCCAAUUUUUGACAGAUCUUCAAAAAGUCAAGUGGGAGUUGAAUUUCAACAAAAUUUAUAA